AACUACAAUAAUAUUAUUUCCACAAGUUCUAAAUAAACUAUAGUUGCAUUAUUUUACCAUAUCAAAAGAUGGAUAUAGUGCAUAGAUUAGGAGAAGAAAGCCCAGUGGUGAUAUUUAGCAAGAGUAAUUGUUGCAUGUCUUACAGUAUCGAAACCCUAAUUCGUAAUUUUGGGGCGAAUCCAAUGGUGUAUAAGCUUGAUGAAAUUGAAAAAGGCAAGAAGAUGGAAAAAGCUUUGAUUGAAAUGGGUUGCAAUCCUAGUACCCCAGCUAUAUUUAUUGGGAAGGAAUUUGUUGGUGGUUCUGAUGAAGUGAUGAGUCUCAAUGUUAAAGGCAAGUUGAAGGAAUUGCUCAUUAAGGCUAAUGCUAUUUGGGUAUAGACUAGAACUAUUUAUAUGACCGACGCUAUAUAUGUUGCUCAGACUCUUCAUGAAAAAUGUUGUUGCAUUAAUGUUUGAAUCUUUUAAAAAUGCACUAUUUUUGAAGGAUUUGAUCUGAUACAUAGUACUUCGACAUUAUUAAAGAGUCUGAGCAAUAUAGGUCUACGUAUGUAUGACUGCUUACAUGCAGCUAGAAAUGUACUGUUGUUUUGUUGUU